AUGGGGCAGAAGACGUUGAUCUAUAGCUUCGUGGCUCGGGGUACGGUGAUCCUGGCGGAAUACACGGAGUUCACCGGAAAUUUCACUGGAAUCGCUGCCCAAUGCCUUCAGAAACUCCCAUCCAGCAAUAACAAGUUCACGUACAAUUGUGAUGGCCAUACCUUCAAUUAUCUCGUCGAGAACGGAUUCACUUAUUGUGUGGUUGCAGUAGAGUCAGCUGGACGACAAGUCCCAAUUGCAUUUUUGGAAAGAGUCAAGGAUGAUUUUAGCAAGAGAUAUGGAGGUGGAAAAGCAGCUACAGCUGUAGCUAACAGCCUCAACCGAGAGUUUGGGUCAAAACUGAAAGAACACAUGCAGUACUGUGUCGACCAUCCUGAGGAUAUCAGCAAGUUGUCGAAAGUCAAAGCCCAGGUUACAGAGGUCAAAGGAGUUAUGAUGGAAAAUAUUGAAAAGGUUCUCGAUCGUGGGGAGAAAAUUGAAGUCCUUGUUGAUAAAACUGAGAAUCUUCGAUCUCAAGCACAAGAUUUCAGGCAGCAGGGAACCAAGAUGAAGAGGAAGAUGUGGCUGCAGAACAUGAAGAUUAAGCUCAUAGUCUUCGGUAUCAUCAUUGCUCUGAUCCUAAUAAUAAUCCUGUCUGUCUGCCAUGGCUUCCAUUGUUGAUCAGAUAAAUGCAUGAUUCAAACCUCGCCAUUCAAGUGUAGCAAGCAACUUCAUUCACUAGUACAUGAAAAUUGUGUUUUUGUUGAGCGUGUGUGUUUUAGUGCCUCCAUUUUGUGAAGAAAGCACCUUUCCAUCUUUGUUCGUUUUCAAAUCUUCAGAUAUUUGGAAUGGUGUUUUUUUUUUUA